AUGAGUGAAGAGGAACUUUUUGAUGCAAUUGUUGUUGGCGCGGGAAUAUCUGGUUUGACGGCUGCCUAUCAUUUAAAACAGCGGGAUCCCAAUAUUCGAAUUCUUGUCCUAGAAGCUAAAGAUCGUGUAGGCGGCAGAACACACACCGUCUCCAUCAAGUCGGCUAAUGGCGCCGAUGUGUGGGACCUGGGAGGCCAGUGGGUCAGCAAAUCCCAACCACACAUCAUGUCCCUGUUACACGAGCUGAACCUGGAGACCUACACACAAUUCACUGAGGGCAUAAAGUUCAUGCAACUGGGCGACCACAAGAUUCGAACCUACGACGCCGACAUUCCGUCUCUGUCGAUGUUAGCCUUAUUUGAUCUCCACAGAUUCAUGUCACGGGUGGAUAAAAUGAGAAAAUGUAUAACUGCCGAAGAUCCGUGGAAAUGUAAGAAUGCUAAAAUAUGGGAUGCCAUGACAGUUGAGACGUACAAAAACACUCUUUGGACUAAAGGGGCGUCUGACACGAUCGAUGCCUGUGUGCGAUGUUUGUUGGGAGCAGAGCCAUCCCAAGUAAACUUCUUGUACUUUCUCACAUAUCUGAGCGCAGCUGGAGGUUUAAAACAGUUGGUCGAGGCAACAAAAAAUACAGCACAGGAAAUGAAAGUUAAGGGUGGCACUCAACAAAUAUCACAAAAACUGGCAGCUAUUAUCGACGAGACUUCUGUUAUCCUUAAAAGUCCAGUUGUGAAUAUUAAACAGGAAUCUGAUCGUGUGAUUGUAACAACCACCGCGGGUGGAGUGUAUCAGACUAAACGAGUAAUCAUCACAGUUCCUCCUAGCCUGCUAGGAAAAAUACAGUUUGAACCCCAGCUUCCGGUCUUUAAACAAGACUACGCACGAAGGAUGCCACUUGGGAGCACCAUCAAAAUCAUAGUAACAUUUCAAACGGCAUUUUGGCGGUCAAAUGGUUGGUCGGGAGAAGUUGUAACAAGUGGUGGAUCGAGUACAGUUGAACACUGCGACAGUGGUCCUCUCUGCAUUGUCUACGACGCCACCUCUGCGAAAGAACAACCUGCACUAGUUGCCUUCAUUUCAGCAAGACAAGCAGUGCAAUGGUCACAAUUAAACGCUGAUGAACGUAAACGAGGCGUUUUAGAGUCGCUGUCUCGUUUCUUUGGCCCGGAGGUGUUUACAUAUCUGGACUACAUUGAAAAAGACUGGAGUCGGGAACCUUACAGCGAGGGUGGACCAGUCGGGGUGGCCACCACUGGGGCAAUGCAGUAUUUCUCCAGAUCGCUCAGACAACCAUUUGGAAAGUUGCACUUCGCUGGAACCGAAACAGCAACAAUGUGGUGUGGCUACAUGGAUGGUGCUGUGCAGUCUGGCAUCAGGGCAGCAACUGAAGUUCUCAGAUUGAUCCGUCCAGAUCUGGUCACACCAGAAGACUUGGAUAUUCUAAAUACCCAACAAAAGGGUUGUAACAAGCCAGUGAAACACACAGGACAUGGUAAAGUAGCAAAGUGUGUCCUGACCUUUAGCAUUGUUGCAGCUGGGUUAUUUCUUGUCACAAGGUUUAGCUGCAUACACUCAAAACUGAAAAACAUAUCAUAACCAUCA